AUGUCAGACGACGCCUGCGUCCCAGAGCCGGCCGAGGCGCUGAAGGAGCAGGUCAACGACCAGAUCGAGUGCGCCAAGCAGCCCGCCUUCUUGCACUCGCCGCCCGAUAGCAACGAUGCCGGCAAGUCGGAGUCGAGCGACUCGGAGCUGAGCGACCUCGAGGACGAGCCGCCGCUGGAGGAUGCGCCGAUGCUCCCUCCGGAUGUCGGCCUUGAGGACGACAUUGGCGACAUCCAGCCAGACCAUUGGUCCUCUGGCAAUGUGCCCGUCUUCAAGCCGACCAUGGAUCAGUUCAAGGACUUCAAGCGUUUCAUGACAAAAGUCGACAGCUAUGGAAUGAAGUCGGGCAUUAUCAAGGUGAUCCCGCCAGAUGAGUGGAGGGAUGCGCAGCCCCCCCUUGACGACCUCGUAAAGCAGGUCCGAGUCCGCGAACCAAUCAAGCAGGACAUCAUGGGGUCCAACGGCACAUACCGCCAAGUCAACAUCCUCCAUGGACGAUCCUACAACAUCCCGCAAUGGAGGCAGCUGUGCGAACAGAGCGAACAUCAGCCUCCCGCCAGGCGUGGAGAGCGGCGUGCAAAUGCAGACAAGCCCAGGCCUACGCGAGCUCGCCCUGCCGCUACCAAGGGCGCGAAUACUACUGCUGCUGCCACCACCACCACUAGCUCUCAGAAAACUCGGGGGAGAGGACGACCACCCAAGAAGGGAAAGCAAAAGAAGAGCGAGGACAGUCGCCCCAUGACUCCCGUCUCGCCAAAAGUUGAGGCUGAAGGCGAAGGUGCGGAAGACGAGGUUAUGGACUCUAUCGAAAAGGAGCUAGGAACCGAGGUGGACUAUGAAGACGAAGAUGAUCAACCUACCGUCCGCAGAAUGGGCGGUGUUAGGCCUGCCAAGCCAAAGAUUCAAUCAACCUCGGCGCGGCGGAAAUUCAGUCGUCGAGAGGCCUCUGCAGUCAUCGAUGAGGCUGCAUUCAAGGAUUUCGAUUAUCGGAUGGACAUCUCCGACUACACGCCUGAGCGCUGCGAAGAACUGGAGAGAGUAUAUUGGAAAACCCUCACAUAUGCUCAACCACUAUAUGGUGCUGAUUUGAUGGGCACACUCUUUGAUGAAAGGACCGAGAACUGGAAUCUGAACAAGUUACCCAACCUCCUGGACGUUCUCGGCACAAAGGUCCCCGGGGUCAAUACGGCAUAUCUCUAUCUUGGCAUGUGGAAAGCGACGUUUGCGUGGCACCUCGAGGAUGUCGAUCUUUACAGCAUCAACUAUCUUCACUUUGGCGCUCCAAAGCAGUGGUACAGCAUUUCUCAGGCCGAUGCUCGACGAUUCGAGACUGCCAUGAAGAGCAUUUGGCCCGCUGAUGCCAAAGCCUGCGAUCAGUUCCUCAGGCACAAGGCCUUUCUCAUCUCGCCCCAACACUUGCAGCAGCAUUACGGUAUCAAAGUCAAUAAAGUCGUCUCGUACCCUGGCGAAUUUGUCGUCACUUACCCCUACGGAUAUCACUCCGGCUACAAUUUGGGGUACAACUGCGCCGAGGCGGUCAACUUUGCUCUCGAUUCCUGGCUGGAGAUGGGCAAAAUUGCCAAAAAGUGCGAAUGUGCUCAGGCCCAAGACAGCGUAUGGGUCAACGUCUACGAGAUUGAGCGUAAACUGCGCGGCGAGGAGACUGAGUACGAAGAGACAGAGGAAGAAGACGAUGAAGACGAAGACGAAGACGACGAGCUCUCGGGGCUUCCCACUCCUCCUGGUGGCCAUGGGGUCAAGUUCAAGGACGCAAGCCGCAAGAGAAAGCGCGGCCGGGCAGACAAGGGUGCCAAGGCCAAGGUCAAGAAGAUCCGAUUAAGGCUCAAAGUCAAGGCUGAGCCGCCCUGUUGCCUAUGCCCCAACGAUGUGCCGAACCUCGAGUUUCUACCGACUGAUGACGGCAGAAAAGCCCAUCGCCUCUGCGCCCUCUACAUUCCUGAGACAUACAUCGACACGGUGGAUGGCAAAGAAGUUGUAUCUAACGUCGCGGCAGUGCACAAGGACCGUCUGGAUCUCAAAUGUCUAUUUUGCCGAUCGAAGCGUGGGGCGUGCUUCCAGUGUUCUCAAAAGAAAUGCGCAAGGGCAUAUCACGCAACAUGCGCUGCAGCAGCUGGAGUGUUUACGGAGGAGCAAGAGGUGCCCGUCUUUGGUGAAGAUGGGACGGAGUACAAAGAACAGGCCUUUGAGUUUAGUUGCCGCUUCCACCGCACCAAGCGUGAUAAGAAGCUGGAUGGCGAUGCCUUGGAAGAAGACUCUCGCAUUCUCAAAGCCGCCGAGGCCCUCCAAAAGGGAGAUAUCUGCCAGCUGCAGUAUCACAAAGGCGAAAUCUUUGCCGGAAUGGUGGUGGAAAAUCGGCCAGACGAGCGAAUGCUAUUACUUGACCUUGUCCCUAAUGGCGACCGACUCGAGGUUGAGUGGAAAUGGCUACUACUUCCAAAUCCAUCCGACUACCACCUACCCAAGGCGUCCGCAAACGCCAUCCCGCUGCCAUCCUCACAAAAGGCAAAGGAUAAGCUGAAUGCCAAGCGCCAUCAAGGGGAUGACAAGCCGCGAAAGGGCGACCCGUUUGUCGAGGGAGAUUAUUCUUGGGCAGAAUUCCACACCAGCGAAGUCACCACCCAGCAGGUCAAGGUCGAUUUCAGCAAACAAGACCAGGUUUGGUAUUAUCUCGGAAAGACUUCGACCGAGGCGAGAGCUCAGUAUACCGAAGAUCCGUCGAACCCACGGCACAACCCCAAGGGUAAUUUCCUGGAUACAAUUCCGAAGCCCCCCAAGCCUGUACCCGUGCGACCUGUAUACCAACAGAGAGCUUAUGGGGUUCCUGGCCAAUUCGCUCACACGGGUGUUUUUGCGGGCCACAUGAUGACGCCCACGAACGCUACGGGCUUAGAAAGACCAUACGUUUAUCAACCAAGAAACCCUGCUGGCUACACUCACCAACUCCCUGGAACCUUUUCAUUCCAAGGGACGAACGCUCCCCCUCAUCCUCAUCCUCAGGCCCAUCCUCAUCCUCAUCCUCAAGCGCAUCCCCAUCCCCAUCCCGCUCCUCCUCCCGCUCACCAUCAGUAUCAACAAUCUCACAAUCAAUAUCAACCAUAUACAGAACAGCGGUUUGACCACAUGGCUGGGGCAAACGCAAUCCCUCGAGCUCACGCAUUCCCACCACCCCUACCACCGCAGCAACAGCCACAGCCACAGCCACAGCCUCAAUCUUCUUUCCCAGCAUCUUUGACGGCCAGGUCUUCGGCAACUCUCACAAGUUACAGGAAUGCUCCGACUACCCAAGGCUCGCAGCAAUAUGGCAAGCCCACUUGGCAAGUUCAUUCGUCGGUCUAUCAAAAAGAACCAUCCAAAUACCGAACCCCUUAUUCUCCAUGGGGCGGGUUCACCAAUGGAUACGAAGGCGAUUUGAGAGCACACCUGCUAGCAAAUCAAAAUGAUCUUCUCCGACGGGCAUCCUUGACUGCAAUGUCUCCAGUGAGCACUCCGGGACCAUAUCAGGCCUCACCUUCUGUGGCUGCACCGCACAGUGGCCCAGCUGUCUCCGUAUCACACCAGACAGUGACGUCGGCGCAGCAAACUGCUUCCACGCUCCCUGCACCGAUAUUAGGAACUGCCAGCCACCAAUACCAUCCGGCGAUCAAAGCACAGUAUAGGAACAUGGUCCAGCCGCCCAGCAAGCCCAAGCCAACCCCAGUCUCCAAGUCGUACAAGGUUGGCUUACCCGCUGCUAUCAGUCUGUCUCUGAAAGCGACUAAAUCCGCAAUGCAGGUUCCGUCCAAGCAAUCUCCAGUGCCUUUGCCAGCAAAUUUCUUAGCCGCCAUGACCUCCUCGCCCGGUACACCUGCGCCCUCCUCCACUAAACAUUCACCUCUUCCACCGGGAAGUCCCCAGGCCGCCUCUCCCAGCACAAAAGCAGCUGUGGCAUCCUCGCCAUCACCUCCACAAGAGUCGACAAGCCCUGGAAGUUCAACACCCAAAGCGGUGCAACCACCUCAGAGGAUAUCCACAACUCCAGUGCCGCUCCCCAAAUUUUCAAUGGCAGUCCAAGGAAACACAGGGGCCUCUUUGUCUCCAUCUACAAUAGCCAAACCUCCGAUGUUACCACAGGUUUCACAACCAGCUUUUCCGAGGGACUAUGAUCAAAGUGUUUUCGUACCCAAAGAACCAUCUGAUGUUUCUCGAGAGGCUGUGGCGCCAAUCACUGAAUCACCAUAUGGUACUUCUAAUAAUUUAAUUCCGGGCAUGACAACGUCUGCGGCUUCAGCAAUGUCAACCAUUUUCACAACUAAUACGCGGGCUGGGGAUGACCAAGCCCCACAGUCCAUUCCUACAAAAUCUACAAUGCAUCAUCAGCCCGAAGGAUUUCCAGACGUUCCGGGCUGCGAAUCUAUGGAGUUUGUCGAGCGGAUGAUGGAAAAUCUGAGAAAAGCGUCCCAGCGACGGCCUUCAAACUGA